AUGACGAAUGUUAACAAUACUGAAGCAGUUACAAAUAUACGUAUGGAACAAAUUGAUCAAGAACGCAUUUGCAAUGAUGAAAAUGUGCCCAAAGAAUUGUUCUGUCCGAUAUUUUCUGUAGAUUAUUAUGGCGGCCGCAUUCUUGUGAAACGUGUCAAAAUCUUUUUUGUGAAAGUUGUAUUUCGAAAUGGCUUCGAACGAAUACGAGAUGUCCAUUUGGUUGCAAAGAAAUACGAUCUUAUGAUACAUUAG